CAAUAAACGUGAAUCAGAGGAAUCCCCAAUGGAGCAGUCAGCGGAUGAUUCAAGCUCCAAGACGUCCCAAGACAACCCUGGAAGCAACGAGACGCUAAAAUGUCACACGUCCGAAAGCAAGGAGUCAACAGCAGCAGCGGCGAUGAAAUCAUCCAGCACGCACGAAGAUCAGUGUGAAAGUAGAACUGAGAAUAACUCAUCAGCUAUCAACACCACAGACAAUAAGAUGGAUGUUGAGAAUAAAGACUCGUCUGCGAGUAGUAAUGGCAGUGUGGUUGGGGCGGGUGGUGGCCCGACGGAGGCCAGCGGUGAUGCGGCUUGUCCUGUUGAUAAAGGUGAAGUGGUGGAAGUGAAGGUCAUGUAUAAUAAGAAGAAGUAUGAUGUCAGGAUCGGUGUGGAGUCAACUGUGGCUGAGCUUAAGACAGAAAUUCAAACAGCAACAGGGGUUCCUCCUGCUAUGCAGAAAUUAAUGUUCAAAGGCCUGAUGAAGGACGAGAAGACCUUGAAAGAAUUGAAGGUCACCGGUGGUUCCAAACUCAUGCUGAUUGGAUCUACGCCCAAAGCUGUCAUGGAGGUCACAAAGCCUGUACCUUCAGGUGGAUCAGCGGAUAAAGAUGAGAAAGCAAGUGCCGCUAAGGAGCCACUAUGUAAACAGAAGAUGCAUAAAAAGGUCUUGGACAAGGGCAAACCGGAUGAUGCUAUGAUCGGUAUCAAGAACCAACAUGACCCACUUCCAAAUGUUCCAAUAUCUGGCAUGCUGAACAAAGCGGGAGGAAAAGUACGACUCACUUUCAAAUUAGAAAUGGAUCAAGUGUGGCUUGGUACAAAAGAGAGAACGGAGAAGAUCCCCAUGAAUUCUAUUAGGAAUGUUAUAAGUGAACCUAUUGAAGGUCAUGAAGACUAUCAUAUCUUGGCAAUUCAGCUUGGUCCAACGGAAGCUUCAAGGUACUGGAUCUACUGGGUUCCUGCUCAAUACGCGAAGGGCAUCAAAGACACAAUUCUUGGAAAGUGGGUGUACUUUUGAUCAGACUCUUACAUAGUAAUAACAUCAUCAACUCGACUGAAGAUUGGAGAGGAUCUUUCCAUCCCGAACUUUACGCAAAGAUUGACAUCGAAAGGAAGGAUUGGAUGUAGCGAUGUGAUGAUUUAACUUAACUCAAAAUCUUUCUGCAGUGCUUCUUCCAGCUUGCUGAUGUCGUUGAAGCUGUUUAAUGUUGAUGACCCGAAUGAACAACGCAGCUGCCUGUCUCUCAACAUAUGCUGUACAGAAAAGCAUGUAAUGUAGCUUAACCUAAUGUAUGCCUGAGUCAUAAUGAUAAUUUUGUUUAACCGGUGUCAGCUUGUGAAUCUUUGGCAGAGACUUGGUGAUCAGUGAAAUAAAGAAAUACACAUUAAAGAAUUACAGUGCCACCAAAGACUGGAAAAAAUACCAGUUUGAGAACCAAAUUUCCUUAUCCAGGCCAUGUAUUGAAUUUCAAAUCUGUAAUCAAGUAACAACAGAACUAUAGAUGUAAGAUUUGUAAACAAAUUUUCGGCAUUACGGCUAUGUGUUUAAGAUCGCAUGCUCGAUCUGUAAUGAAAAUCGUAAGUCAGAAAAAAUUGGAACCAGUGGGAUUCGAACCUGCCAUCUUCUGCUUUCCGGGCAGCGACUUAACCACCAGGCUAUCCUGGUUCACCGCUAUAUCACGAUGAACUGGAAUUCAAAUACCCUUGAUCCUCUUCUUUCUGACUCAUUAAUAUGCAAAUGCAGUCCGCCGUGGAAAAUAGAUAGUAUUAAAGAGGCUUUAAUUAUAAUUUGUAAACAAAAGAUGUAAGAUUAUUGAGCGGGGUUUAUUGGCCUGUAACACUGGCGUAAAUCCUUGCGUCACACCUGUUGUUCAGGGGGAUGAUCUCUUGUUCCACCCCCCCCCCCCACAAUAGGUGUGAUGCAAGGAUUUACGCCAGUGGCCUGUAAUGUUAUGACAUUAUUGUGUCGUGUAUGGAUGUGGCUGUAUUCCUUCUGUUUGUUUCUAAACCGUCAGUGGCAGACCGUGACCCAGAGAAGACAAUGAUUGGAAGGGCACUGUAUUGUUUGCGAACAAUGUUGUGCCCCUCCAAUGCUUUGUCUCCUUUGGGUCACGGUCCGCCACUGUAAACCGUAAUUACUAUGCUGGACUGCUGGAGUCAUUGCGCCAUCUUAAGGUGAGAAGCAAAUAAUGAUAGCGGUUGUAAACAAAUUUGCAGUGCAAAUGCAAUAAUCCAAAUUGAGAAGUCCUGAAUGGUAAUAUUAUUUCACAGUCCCACUCGGUGGAUAGAUGUAUCAUAUGAUAUGAUAAUAUCAUAUGACACUCUUGUGAAAUUUAGUUUUUUAAACUGGCUAUUUGUCAAAAUCUUUGACACUAUGAAUUUCUUAGGAAUAUCUUUAUUUCAUCAGUGCACCGGUCUGCAGGAUAUUGCACGGGUCACCAGCAGCAUCAGUUGGGCACCAGUUGACCGCUCUGUCUGACUCGGCCCUAAGUAUAAUCACGCAUUCUGUUGCAAAGGUAUAUGUACAUGCGAUCAGUGGAUUUGCAAUAAGAGGUGCACAUAGUAUUAAUGACUAAAUGUAUCUUGUCCGUUGACUGUCACGUUGUUUGACUAAAUGGAAUGAUCUGGGGGGGGGGGGGGACAACUUGAUAAUUUCAGGUAUCUCUGUAAUAUGAAACCAUGAAUUUUUUGUAUUUUUGAUUGAAUGUUCAUCCAAAUUUUGCUUCAAACUAGUUAUAUUUUGAUUGCUUCUUUAUAUUUCAUUCCCACUGUCAUGUGAUCUGUUAAGAAUGCCAUGAUUGGCUUAUCUGCUGAUGGCAAAAAAAUUGGAAAUUGCCAAAAAGUGAUUGUCACGACUGAUUUGAUAUGAUGACUAAUUCACUACGAUUUCUCCACAAUUAAGGCCACAGUCUCUAUCAUGACAGUGGGAACUGCAUAUAGGUAUUACAUGUAGGUGUGUCUGAAUGGGGUUUUGAAUAAUUGGUCUUAAACCAUACAGAUUUUAUGCAUUAAGAAUGCAUAAUUCAGCACAUGUAAUGAGCAAGACUCCACUUAUUUAUCCAUGCCUUUGUCAUCACAGGGUGCUAAGUUCGUGCCCGGUAAUGCGGAUUCAGUGUACGUGAGCUCAAAGUUACAGUGGGCUCAUGAAAGGGGUAGUUCACUCCGACAAUGAGUUGGUUUUGAUAAGAAAAAAAAUAGAGAAAAAUUAUGGUGAAGGUUUGAUGAAAAUUAGUGAAAGAAUAAGAGUUACAUAAAGAUUUUAAUUUUUGAAAUCAUAAGCAAGCAGCUCUCCCAGCAUGUAUUAAAUCCAUGAAUUCUAUUUCUUUAUUGUCCAUAUGAAUGAAAAUAUUUUUUUAUGGAACUGGAUUUGAGAUGAUGUGUCUGACAUAUCCAGUGAAUGAAGAAAGUGGCAUAUUUUGUAAUGUAUGCGACAUAGGGAAAAGCUGCUCCUACGUGACAACAUGGGGUGGUAUUCUGAAAAUUUUCUUAACUUUUCUCGUAAAUAUUCUUGUAACUCAGCAAGAUAACAGCUUGCUAAAAUUCUCUAAAAUUGGUAUUCCGAAAAUUGUCUUAUCUCUGUAAGGACGUCCCCUAUUUCAUCUCUGACACUCCCAAUAAUUAAUCAUCAACCAAUCAUUAAACUUUUCAAAUGCUUAGGUCAACCAAUAGAAUUGUUUCCUCUGAAAAGUAAUUAAGCGCAUUGUUGGCAUGAGGCGUAAUUACCCUUGCGCCCUUGAUACUUAUGCUUGUGCGCUAUUGUGCUAAAAAUACACGAGGCUGUUCUCCCAGUCAUAAUUUCUUUGAAAAGAUUAUUCAUCUCGAAUACCAAUUUUUAAUUGCUGAAAAGUCUACCAAUCCGUCUCUGUAAUGUCUUCGGAAUGUCUCCUCUUGUAAAACAAGAUGUUCUUGCAGGAAGCAGCAAGAAAUUAUUAUUUUUGACCGACAAUAUCGCAUGCGUAUUAAAGUUACAAAAGCCCCCUACCUCUUGUAAAUUUUCUUGUAUUUUACAAGGAAGUUAAUAGAUAUAAAGAUAAGAGAAUUUUCAGGAUACCUUUUAUCUCAAUAUGCUAUCUUGCGCACAGAGAUAUACAUAUAUGCGCCGUUAUCAUUAUUAACUUUACGCAUCAUAGCUCUGACAUCAUACGCGCUCAUUGAAAGUUACAAGAAAAGAUACAAGAAUUUUCAGAAUAUGGCCCAUGGUCUUUAUAAAAACUUUACUGUUAUUUUUAAAAUCAUCAAACCUUCACCAAUAGUUUUCUCUAAUUUUCCUGCUUUUAUUGAAACCCCCUUAUCUUUAGAGUGAACUUCCCCAUUCAAGCAGUAACUUCAAUAGCAAGCAGGAAUUUUUAUUACCCUCUGAAAAAUGUGCGCAUUCAAGUAUUGGAUUCUUUCUGAAUUUAUGCACUAGAUGAAAUCUUCAUAGACCAUGGUUUCAGAUCCUCCAUGAAUUCAACACCACUUGAAUUUGAAUUCGGGCCUAGCCUAUAAGUAUUAUGAAGUAUUCAUUAAGAUUCAUUUCCUGGGCUGUUGGACAGUCACCAAAUUUUCAAGUUGACUCCCUUAUUUACAUGUAUACAAUCAUCUUUUCAAAUACUAAGUUUGCCUAUCCCCUUUUUAUCAAUGAGAAACUGCUGCUGCCUCCAUUCAAAUCAUAUUCACACCAUAAUUAUGAUCAAUAUGGUUUUUAUGUUAAUUGAUGGUGAUGAAUGUGGGGGGGGGGGGAGGCAUUGAAGGACACAUAUUUUUAUUAAAAUGUGUUGAAGUUGUUCAUUGCAUUCAAAUACUGUAACAGGAAUUUUGUCAAAAUAAUUUAGACACUGUUCUCAUACGCUUUCUAAAACUAGUUUACUGGAAACCGGUUCAGGAAACCAGUUUGGAAGAUCGCUUUGCUAGCGCUCCCAUUUGAUCACACGAAAGUGUUUUUCAAAAUCACUUUACGUAAAGCGAUCUUGUUGCUAUAAGGCUCUCAGUGGGGUGACGUGUUUCGCGCGAAAUUCGAAACCACAGCGUAGGCAUCCUACACACAGUGUGGAGUAGCGCGCUCAAAAUGUGCGAAGAUCGCUUCCCGAAGAACGGUUGUGUCCUCACUCCUCACGCUAAAACCAGUUUAACGAGGAUCUUAAAGCAAUCUUGAAAACUACAUCGCAAGGUGGUUUUAUGAACCGGUUUGGAAGAUCGCUUCGACCAUUCUCAUUACACAUUAAACUAGUUUCCACUAAACUAGUUUUUGGAAGGUAGUGAGAAUGGUGUCUUACUUCAACUGUUAUUUGGACUUUCCCUUUACCCUGCUUCUAUGAACUUAUCAAGCAUCUACAAGAUUUACUUGAGUGGUUAGCAGCUAGUUCACCUGUGUACCAGGGUUUUUUCUGUUUCCAAAUCAUUGAUUCAUACCUAUUUCCUGAAUCUUUAUUAAAAUUUACUGCUGAUUUUAAAAGAUUGCAAUCACAAUAGUGCAUGCACAUGGUUGUGGUCAUGAUUCAUAAAUAUAGCUUUGAGGGUACUAAUAAAUAAGCAACUUUAUAAAGUUCAUAACUGUCUUAUUAUUAGUCUGAUAUCGUUAUUGAUAUGUUUACCUACCGGUAUGAUAAUGAAAAUAGGCAUUUGUGUAGCACCAUCUAUCUAGAAAAAAUCUAUUCCGGGUGCAUUGUUAUGAUUAUUACCCCGGCUUUAGCUCGAGCUGCCUUCCAGUGCUCAGUUCAUUCAAGGAUCUCAUCCUGCCAGCUACCCAUUCACAUCACAUGGGUUGAGUGCAGCGCAAUGUGGGUGAAUUUCUAGCAGAAGGAAAACAUGCCAUGGCUGGGAUUGGAACCCACAUCCCUCUGAUUGAAAGACAAGGGUCUUAACCACUAGACCACAAAUGCCCCCACAGUAUCUACUGCUGGAAAUGGAAUGUUGUUCCAUUAUGUUAAAGAUAAACACCAGUUGUAACGAUCUCAAAAUGAGUUUGAACAGAAUCCAAUAAAUUUACCGCCCAGGUGUUUGUAUGCGUAAAUAAAAAAUAUUUGCCAAAUGGCUCUGAAGAAAAUGCGUGAUUGUUGAGAAAUUAGCAAAAUAGGCAUGGAAUACCAUCAACUGUCAGAUAUUUUUCCAAGCAAUAUUAAUACACUGUCCCACUCCCACAUAUCCUUUUUGUGAUCAUCAGAAUUAUCGAUUUUGAGCUAAGAUUUUAUGAUUUCACAAAGAUAACUUUACAUUAAUGUACUUGAUCUAGAUAUAUGAUAAUAUUGUGACAAUUAACCUUGAUUUCGAAUACUUUCUCAUGAAAUAAGUGUUUGCUGAAACUACUUUCUUUUACCUUACAUAAUGUUUGAUCCAAGGAUUGUUACAGGAUAGUUGUUUAUUGAGAGCAUACGGAAAACACUUCAGACACUGAAUCUGUGAUCCUAGAGGAUGUUAAUUGAUUGAGAAAUAUUGAUUAAAAAACCAGGAUGUUGUUGCUGGUAUUUAAAUAACUCAGGAGGUAUUAAAAGAAGUUGGUUAGAAGUAGGGUUCCAGAUAAAAAGGGGUAAUUAAUAAUCAGGUCAGUCAACCAGGAUGUCGUU